CAGAAAACGUCUAAGCUAAGCUAUGCUAGCAAGAGAGCCACGGUUAGCUAUCAAGUGCGCAGCUGCGAACUGUAGCUUACUUUGCGUUAUUUCAACAUAAACAUGGACGUUUGGCCUUUUUACUCUUCAUUUAAACAAGUCUCCAUAGUCCGACCGUAUGUAUUUAGUCAUUCAAUGUCUUUACGACCUCUAGAGAGGACGGCAAGUGUGAUCCAUCCAUGUGUGUGUGAUUGAGCCAACAGUAACCAUGCUGACUGCACACAGAGCAUGUGCAUCGAUGGCUGCCCGCCACCUGGUUAGAGCUUCUGUCUCCUCAGCACACACACACCGCUCUCUGAUCCACACCGCCACACCGUGUCAGGACCAGGCUGAACUGCAUGCAGAAUGGGCCGGCCUGGCUAAGAAACAGCUGAAGGGAAAGAACCCGGAAGAUCUGAUAUGGCACACGCCUGAGGGCAUCAGCAUCAAGCCUGUGUACACCCAAGCAGACUCAGUCAACAAUGCAGAUGAAUUGCCAGGAGUGUUUCCUUACACUAGAGGGCCCUAUCCUACCAUGUACACCUUCAGACCCUGGACAAUCAGACAGUAUGCCGGCUUUAGUACUGUUGAGGAGAGCAACAAGUUCUACAAGGAUAACAUUAAAGCUGGACAGCAGGGUCUUUCCGUUGCUUUUGACCUCCCUACGCACCGUGGUUAUGACUCAGACAACCCCCGAGUUCACGGAGAUGUCGGCAUGGCUGGAGUCGCCAUAGACACAGUCGAGGACAUGAAGAUGCUUUUUGAUGGAAUCCCGCUGGAGAGAAUGUCUGUUUCGAUGACAAUGAACGGAGCAGUUAUCCCUGUGUUGGCGAUGUUUAUUGUGACUGGAGAGGAGCAGGGUGUCUCCAAAGCCAAACUAACAGGCACGAUUCAAAACGAUAUUUUGAAGGAGUUUAUGGUGCGCAACACGUAUAUUUUCCCCCCAGAACCUUCGAUGCACGCCAUCGCAGACAUAUUCGCCUAUACCUCCAAGAACAUGCCCAAGUUCAACUCCAUAUCCAUCAGUGGCUACCAUCUUCAGGAGGCUGGAGCUGAUGCCAUCCUGGAAGUGGCCUACACCAUCGCUAAUGGCCUGGAGUACUGCCGCACUGGUCUGAAAGCAGGCUUAACCAUUGAUGAAUUUGCCCCAAGGUUGUCAUUCUUCUGGGGUAUUGGGAUGAAUUUCUACAUGGAAAUAGCCAAGCUGAGGGCAGCCAGGAGGUUGUGGGCCACGCUCAUUAAAGAGAACUUCCAGCCCAAGAACGCCAAGUCUCUCCUCCUACGCACACACUGUCAAACGUCAGGCUGGUCUCUCACAGAACAAGAUCCUUACAACAAUGUGAUCCGGACCGUGAUUGAAGCCAUGGCGGCUGUGUUCGGGGGAACCCAGUCGCUCCACACCAACUCAUUUGAUGAAGCUCUGGGCUUGCCCACGGUGAAGAGCGCUCGCAUCGCCAGGAACACCCAGAUCAUCAUCCAAGAAGAGUCAGGCAUCCCUAAGGUUGCCGAUCCCUGGGGGGGCUCACAUAUGAUGGAGUCUCUCACAAACGACGUCUACAACACGGCCUUAAAGUUCAUCACAGAGAUCGAAGAGAUGGGCGGCAUGGCCAGAGCCGUGGCAGAGGGAAUUCCUAAACUUCGCAUUGAGGAAUGUGCUGCACGUAGACAGGCCCGCAUUGACUCAAGAUCAGAGGUCAUCGUCGGGGUAAACAAGUACCGUCUGGAAAAGGAGGAGACUGUGGAGGUGCUGGCCAUAGAUAACACUGUUGUACGUCAGAAACAGAUAGAAAAACUGAAAAAGGUGAGGGAGAGUCGUGACCCAGAGGCAGCAAAGAAGUGCUUGACUGCCAUCGAGGAGUGCGCCCGAACCAAGGAGGGAAACCUCUUAGCCCUGGCUGUGGAGGCUGCACGAGCCAGAUGUUCUGUUGGUGAAAUAACCGAUGCCAUGAAGGCAGUGUUUGGCGAACACAAGGCCAGCACCAGGAUGGUGAGCGGAGCGUACCGCAGCGAGUUCGGCGAGCACGAAGAGAUCACCUUGGCCCACAAUAGAGUUGCAGAAUUCAAGAAGCACGAGGGCAGGAACCCACGACUUCUGGUGGCAAAGAUGGGGCAGGACGGCCAUGACAGAGGUGCCAAAGUCAUCGCCACUGGGUUUGCUGACCUGGGCUUUGAUGUGGACAUCGGACCACUGUUUCAGACUCCCCUCGAGGUCGCCCAGCAGGCGGUCGACGCAGACGUCCACUGCGUCGGAGUCAGCACGCUUGCCGCAGGACAUAAGACCCUGGUACCAGAGCUCAUCAAGGAACUACGGAAGCUCAACAGGCCAGAUAUCCUGGUCAUCUGUGGAGGUGUCAUCCCACCACAGGACUACGAGUUCUUGUACGACAGCGGCGUGUGCGCCGUCUUCGGCCCAGGAACCAGGAUCCCACAAGCUGCAGUGGAGGUUAUCGACAACAUUGAGAAGAGCCUGGAAAACAUCCGGCAGGCCAUGUGAACUUAAGAGAUAAGAACUAACUGAGAACAGGAAGAACUGUCCAUUCAUGCUUUAUCAACAAUGAAGUCAUAAGUGGGAUCCCGAACUACUUCUGCUGUGUUCAGAAUCAGUCUGACUUGUAGCAAAAGAUUGUAAAAAAAAACAAAAGUCGUUUCCUCACUGUGAGUUCACAGCAUGUACAGCAGUCAACAUGAUUGAACAGCUUUUGGGGUGCCGUGGUCGUAUUAAGUUUGCUUUCUCUGUAUAUUAAAUUAGAUUUUAAUUACUAUCAUAAUCUACACAGAUUGCCAUUUUCAGCCCUGUAACCUCAUGAGACAAAAACAAGAUCACAAACAUUGUGUUUUGUUCUGCUCAUUGUUGAAUAUCACUCAAAACUGAAAGAAACAUUUUGAUCAGUACGAUAGAGUUUAAUAGGAAAGACUUCAGUAUGUUUGAUAUAGAUUAGACUUAAAAGCAUACCCAUAUGUGACAAACAAAAAUAACACUACAUUGAAUCAAAUUAGGAUUUGCUUCACUAUCAUAAUACAGUAUGAGUGCAGAGCACUGUCAACCAUAAUGCUUUUUUGUAAAAUGUGUCAUUUGCAGUUAGCUAGCAGGGUCUAAUUAGUGUCAAUGCAAUUGAGAUGAUAGAUAGGAUUUCACAUCAAAACAACACCAUGCCUUUAUGUUUGUGGAUAUUUUUAUCUUGAAACUGGCCUUAUGUGGUUUUGAUCUCUUGCCUCCCUGCAUCAUGUUACAUUUAACUAACUUUUGUUAACCGCAGAUAAAAACCACAGAACAGUGAUUGCAAUGUAUGAAAAAGUUGGAGAUAGUAUUUUUCUACACGUGAUUCUGAAUCAGAUUAAACACUCUGUGCUCUAAAAUAAAGUAUGUGAACUUUGGAAAUGUGA